CUCUCUACAGGGACGUCAUGCAGGAGAACUACGAGAUGGUAACAUCGCUGGGAUUCCCCCUUCCCAAACCUGACCUGAUCACCCGGCUAGAACGAGGGGAAGAGCCGUGGGUGCCUGAUCUCCAGGCCUGUGAGGAAAGAGAGAUCCCGAGAGGUGCCUGCACAGGCACAAUGACUCCUGUCUGGAUUGUCUUUCACCCAGCAGGGGAAGUGGAACCAGAAGGGGCCUUUGUGGGAAGAGCUGCAAGGAAUUUUUCCCAGUGCUUAGAACAAGGAGAUGACUUGGGAAAUUGGCAGAGGUCAGAGAGGCUUCUGGGAAACCACUCAAGGGAGCAAAUGGAUGAAUCUGUUAUAUGUGGGGAAGGAUACAGGGAUCCCACAGCCUGGCAGACAACCCCCAAGGAAGACAAAUGCUAUGAAUACCUUGGUUUUGGGAAAGGAUUCAUUCUGAGACCACAGUUCGUUACGCUUCAGGCAAUAAAUAAUGGAGAGAAACCACUUCAGUGCUUAGACCGUGGGGAAAACUUCAAUAACCUCUCAGAUCUUAAUAACCAUGGAAGAAGCCACACGGGAGAGAAAUCCUAUCAAUGCUUUGAGGACAGGAACUAUUUGAAUUGGAAGUCAGUACUGACUACACAUCAGAUAAGCCACAUAGGAGAGAGACCCCAUAAGUGCUUAGACUGUGGGAAAAGUUUCAUACGGAGGUCAGCCCUUGUUUCACAUCUGGCAAUCCACACAGGAGAGAGACCCCAUAAGUGCUUAGACUGUGGGAAAAGUUUCAUACGGAGGUCAGACAUUGUCAGACAUCAGGCUAUCCACACUGCAGAGAAACCCCAUAAGUGUUUGGAUUGUGGAAAAACUUUUAUAUGGAAGUCAGGCCUUGCUAAACAUCAGGCAAUCCACAUAGGAGAUUGUUCCCAUAAGUGUUUGGAUUGUGGGAGAAGUUUCACAAACAAAUCAAAUUUUAUAAUACAUCAGAGGAUCCAUACAGGAGAGAGACCCCAUCAGUGCUCAGACUGUGGAAAAAGUUUCAUACAGAGGUCAGACCUUGUUAGACAUCAGGCAAUCCACACAGGAGAGAGACCCCAUAAGUGCUUAGACUGUGGAAAAAGUUUUAUAUGGAGGUCAGCCCUUGUUUCACAUCGGAGAAUCCACACAGGAGAGAGACCCCACAAGUGCUUAGACUGUGGGAAAAGUUUCAUACAGAGGUCAGCCCUACUUGAUCAUCAGGCAAUCCACACUGGAAAGAGACCCCAUAAGUGCUUGGACUGUGGGAAAAGUUUCAUACAGAGGUCAAAUUUUGUUGAACAUCAAGCAGUCCACACUGGAGAGAGACCGCAUAAGUGCUUGGACUGUGGAAAAAGUUUCACACGCAGAUCAAAUUUUAUAACACAUCAGAGGAUCCAUACAGGAGAGAGACCCCAUCAGUGCUCAGACUGUGGGAAAAGGUUCAUAGAGAGGUCAGCCCUUGCUGUACAUCAUAGAAUCCACACAGGAGAGAGACCUCAUCAGUGCUCAGACUGCGGAAAAUGUUUCAUACAGAGGUCAACCCUUCUUAAACAUCAGGCAAUCCAUACAAGAGGGAGACCUUAAGUGCUUGGACUCUGGGAAAGGUUUCAGACACAGAUCAGCCCUUCUAAACAUCUGGCAAAACACACAUAGUGCUUAGACUAUGGAAAAACAUUUCAAAUAGAUGUCCGAUCUUGUUUUACAUCAGAGAAUACACCCAGGGGAGAGACCCCAUAACUGCUUAGCCUGUGGAAAGAGUUUUAUAUGGAGGUCAGACCUUGUUAGCCAUCCAGCAAUCCACAGAGGAGAGAGACCCCAUAAGUGCUUAGACUUUGGGAACCAUUUCAUAAACCAAUCAGUCCUCCUUUUACAUGAGAAAAUCCACAGAAGAGCAAGACUCCAUAAGUACUUGGACUGUGGCAAAAGUUGCACAAUAAGAUCACACCUCAUUAAACACUAACGAAUUCACACACUAUCCAACUUCUGUGACACCUUGGUGCACCUCUAGAAAUAGAACUAGCAGAGUUUUGUUUGAGGGAGAAGACAAUAUGCCACGUUUACUGUGAACACAGAGAAUUCUUAAUAGGAGUAAAAGAUAAGUAAUUCAGUUUCUAUUCCUAGCUAAGAUUGUUCACCACAUACACACACACACACAGUUCUACAGAUGGAAUAUAACUACCAGCCUCAGUUGCUCUUACUAGUCCACUGGCCAGGAGGUCUAGUCACGAGGAGGGGAGCCGAGUCCUGUCGGUGUGCACCGAUGCUCCUGGAGGAUGAUCGUAGAACGGGAAGAAGAACUGAACCCUAUGGUUUUGCACCCAUCUUUUUAUAUGUUUCUAUCCAUAGAUCCUGUCCUGUCCCACUGCUCCUAGACACUGUAUGACCAUGAGUCAUCAGUUAAUGGCAGAUGUGACUUUGAUCUUUUUCUUGAUGGGGCUUUUGUUUUUCUUUCUCUUGGGUGGGUUCUUUUGCAAGUUUCACCCAUAUUGUUCUUCAGCCAUCAGGGUAGUGCUGGCAGUUGCUCUUUCAGAUGUGCUGGCAUCAGGGACUGAUCCCAUCACACACCCACAUUCACACUUUUAAAUGAAACAGACACACCUAACAUUAAACAGAGUUUCAGUUACAAUAUGGUGUUGCUUUAAUUAUAAUGUAUCAGUGGUUUAAGAUGGCGGUUUUAGUUACAAUAUGAAGACACUUUAGUUACAAUGUAUUAAAAAGAAAAGAGUUAUAGUAACAGAUUCUUCCAAAGCAAUUCUUAGUAAGCUACUAACACAUAAUUUGUCCAAAGGUGAUUAACACUGUUUCAUUUAUAAAAAGACAAUUUCAUUAUUAAUAAAAGGUGGUUUCAUUACAGUAAUUUCAUUGCAAGUAUACAGAGCCAUAUUAUAUAGGUAUAAUUUAUUUAAAGGGUGAUUUCAUUCUUCAGCCCUACAACCUGGCCCAAAAAAGUUAAGAAACUUGCAGGCUAUUUGACCCAGAGUCAACCUUUAGAGAUAUGUUAGAAAAGUGUUUAAAUGGUAUUUGGGGUCAUUCCAAGUAAUAGAUAGUAGAACUUUGAAAUGUAAACAUGUAUUGUUAAAAACAUGGAAGAAGAUAGUGCUGUUGAUUAAUCACGAUUAACUCAAAAAAAUUAAUUGUGGGUAGAAAAAUUAAUCUCGAUGGAUCACAUUGUUAAAUAAUAGAAUACCAAUUGAAAUUUGAUAAAUGUUUUUGGAUGUUUUUCUACAUUUUCAUAUAUAUUGAUUUCUAUGACAACUAAGAAUAGAAAGUCCACAGUGCUCACUUUAUAUUAUUUCUGAUCACAAAUAUUAGUACUGUAAACAUGAAAAGCAAAAAUAGUAUUUUUCAAUUUGCUGUAGUGCAAUCUCUUUAUCAUGAAAGUGUAACUUAGAAACAUAGAUUAUUUUUGUUAUAUAAGUGCACUCAAAAAUAAAGCAAUUAAAACUUUAGAGUCUAGAAGUCCACUUAGUGCUACUUCUUUUUCUGCCAAUUGCU